AUGGUUAACGGCUGUGUACAUUUAUGGGGUGAGAACGGCAAGCCAUCUUUGAUUUCAGCUGAAAGCGUCGCCCUUGUAUGGUUUAUCAAGGCAUGUCGUUCAGAACAGACGAAAGAUUUGGUUAAGGGACUGGAAGUAGUAUUCUCCAAUAAUACAGAUUUAUCGCCGGACGGGAAACUACCAGUGUUGAUUUUAGAUGAUGGGAUGAAAGUUACCGGCUAUGUGAACAUCGUUCUAUGCUUAAAGAGAAAUACACAUACUGCCAAACAUGAAAAAAACAAAAAUGAUGAAGGGUCUUUAGUAAUUGUUAGUAAAGAAGACCGUCUUUUGGAGUAUGCGUUAUUGAAUUUUAUUGACUCAGAAAUGGCAACACUGACCGACUACCAGCUUUUCUUAAACACAAAAAACUACAAUGAGUAUACCAAAAAAUUAUUCUCAAAACUGUUGUAUUUUCCUAUGUGGUAUAAUACCCCAUUGCAACUAAGAUUGCAAGCACGUGAAAAUUGCCAAGAGAUCAUAGGCUCUAUAACUCUCGAGGACGAUGAAGAAUUUAUAGAAAGUAAAGCACUGGAGUCUGCAUCGCAGUUGGCUCAAUCAAAGACUUUCAAGAUUACACAUGAGAAUAAAGUGAAGAAUAAGCAAGAGCUACAGCAAGUUAAGUAUAAUCUACAAUUUGAUAAUAGAUUACAGAAUUGUAUCAAGCAUUGGUUGGAGGUCCGCGAGAAACUAGACGAAUCUAUGGUACUUCCUUCCGAUAUUCUUUUCCAUGCCAAUAUUUACGUCCAACUAAAUUUGCCUGAUGGGAAUCGUAUCCGUUCAAAAUUGGAACAAACGUUUGGAGACGAGUUUAUCAACAAUACAUCAAACAAGAUGGAGGAAAUUGCUCAGAGUUCUGACGAAGAUCUGGGGCAAAGAGAUCCUCACUUCAAAGAACAAGGGAAUGUUGUGAUGUCAUUAUACAAUUUAGCCUGUAAAUACAUAUAA